CUGGUUAGAACCCGGGAACCACCCGAAGGAGGUGAGCCAGGGCAAAAAAACCAGAGGAAACCCCCCCAUUUCUGCAGGACAUGGGAAGAGGGAUUUCAUGGAGGACCCUUUGGGCCGUGGGCACUUCUGGGAUGCAGCGCUGGAGGUGGCUGGCUGCCGACUGUCCCCCGGUGACAUCCACGGUGACAUCCAUCCUCCGUCCCGGCGCGAUGCUCGGGGACGCGCUGCCACCUCCCCGAGGCAGCGGCGCGGCUCCUCUCGCCCUGCAGGCCGGGGCAGCGGCCGGCAGAAGGGCUGCAGGGGGAUUAUAUUUAGAAGAAGAGGAAGAGAGGCGGCGAUAAGGCGGCUCCCGUUAUCUCCCCGCGUGCCGAGCGCCGGGAGCGGGGCACGAUUUGGGCAGAAGCCGCGGGGAGAGCGGAGAACAGCCCGGCAUUGUCCCUCCCGUCCCUGGCGCAAUUAACUGGAAAACAAGGCGAGGACAAACAAGCCGAGAGGCGGCCGGCGGUGCCGCCCGGCUCUGCGGGGCCAGCCCGUGCGCGCAUCCCGGUCCCGCCGGGCUUCGGGCUGCGGGAGCCGCUCCGCGCUCGGCAUCGCUGGGCGCCCCGGUGCCGGGGGGAGCAGCAGCUCUGCCCUUUCGCUGCCGGGGGGUGUUCCCAGCCGCUCUGCCGGCCAGCAGCACGCUGCCGGGCAGGGUUUGGAGGAGCCGGGAGCGGUGCGGGGCUGGCGGCGGCGGCGCGGAGGAGGAACGGGCGCUGCCCGCCUCGCCGGGGGCACCGCGGGUAGGAAGCGGCUCGGUGGGAGGAGCUGCGGCCCUGAACUCAUCCCGUCCGCACCCGCCGGGGUCGAGGUCGCCGAGCGGUGCCGUCGGAAGACCCUUGGCCGGGUGCUGCCGCUGCGGCCGGAGCGGCGCUCGCCAUCCCGGGCCGGGCCGAUGGAGCGGCGGCUGCUGCCCGGGGAGAAGAGGCGGCUCAGCGCCUGCCUGGUGUGCCGCAUGUGCUGCAUCGAUGAACGGGACAGAGUCCAAAAGAAAACCUUCACUAAAUGGGUCAACAAACACUUGAUGAAGGUGCGCAAGCACAUCAAUGACCUCUAUGAAGACCUGAGAGAUGGUCACAACCUCAUCUCCCUCCUGGAAGUGCUGUCAGGAGUGAAGCUGCCUGUAGAGCCACCAGCUCAGUGGAGCCUUCGCCUGGUGACAGCGCCGGCCUGGUGCCGUGCCAGCAGCGAGGAGGAGGAAGAUGAUGAUGAUGAAGAACCACGUGAGAAGGGGCGGAUGCGCUUCCACCGCCUGCAGAACGUGCAGAUUGCCCUGGAUUUCCUGAAGCAGCGACAGGUGAAACUGGUGAAUAUCCGCAAUGAUGACAUCACGGAUGGCAACCCCAAGCUCACCCUGGGGCUCAUCUGGACCAUCAUCCUCCACUUCCAGAUCUCUGACAUCUACAUCAGUGGCGAGCUGGGGGAUAUGUCAGCCAAGGAGAAGCUCCUGCUGUGGACACAGAAGGUGACAGCAGGUUACAUCGGGUUGAAGUGCACCAACUUCUCCUCCUGCUGGAGCGAUGGCAAGAUGUUCAACGCCCUCAUCCACAGAUACAGGCCAGAUCUGGUGGACAUGGAGAGGGUGCAGAUCCAGAGUAACCGGGAGAACCUGGAGCAGGCGUUCGAGAUCGCCGAGCGCCUGGGGGUCACACGGCUGCUGGAUGCUGAAGACGUGGACGUUCCCUCCCCAGAUGAGAAAUCUGUGAUAACUUACGUGUCUUCAAUCUACGAUGCCUUUCCCAAAGUCCCCGAGGGAGGAGAAGGGAUCAGCGCCAUCGAGGUGGAUUCGAGGUGGCUGGAGUACCAGACCCGUGUGGAGUCCCUCAUCUCGUGGAUCAAGCAGCACACGAUACUCAUGUCAGACAAAUCCUUCCCCCAGAACCCCGUAGAGCUAAAGGCACUUUAUAACCAGUACAUACACUUCAAAGAAACUGAAAUCCCAGCGAAAGAGCAGGAGAAAGGACAGAUAGAGGAGCUCUACAAACUGCUAGAGGUUUGGAUUGAAUUUGGGCGCAUCAAGUUGCCCCAGGGCUACCACCCCAACGAUGUGGAGGAGGAGUGGGGCAAGCUCAUCAUUGAGAUGCUGGAGCGCGAGAAGCUCCUGCGGCCGGCGGUGGAGAGGCUGGAAUUGCUGCUACAAAUCGCUAACAAAAUCCAGAAUGGUGCUCUGAGCUGUGAAGAAAAGCUCACCCUGGCGAAGAACACGCUACAGGCUGAUGCUGCUCACCUGGAGUCGGGCCAGCCGGUGCAGUACGAGUCGGACGUGGUGAUGUACCUGCAGGAGAGCGAGGGGCUCGUGCGCCAGCUCCAGGUGGACGUGCAGAUCCUCCGCGACGAGAACUACUACCAGCUGGAGGAGCUGGUGUUCAGGAUCAUGAGGCUGCAGGACGAGCUGGUGACACUGAGGCUGGAGUGCACCAACCUGUACAGGAAGGGCCACUUCUCCACCCUGGAGCUGGUGCCCACGUCCACACUGACCACGACGCACUUGAAGGGCGAGUCCCUGACCAAGGGGCUCCACACCUCCUCGGCCUCCUGGUUCAGGAAGCCGAUGACCAGGACAGAGCUGGUGGCCAUCUCCUCCUCUGAAGAUGAAGGCAGCCUCCGCUUCGUCUACGAGCUGCUGGCCUGGGUGGAGGAGAUGCAGAUGAGACUGGAGCGGGCAGAGUGGGGCACGGACCUGCCAAGCGUGGAAUCCCAGCUGGAGACCCAGAGGCACAUCCAUGCCAGCGUGGAGGACCUGGGCUCCAGCGUGAAGGAGGCCAGGAUGUAUGAGGGUAAAAUGUCUCCGAAUUUCCGCGCCAGCUACACGGAGACGCUGGGCAAGCUGGAGACUCAGUACUGCAAACUGAUGGAAACCUCGAGCUUCAGGCUGAGGCACCUGCAGAGCCUGCAUGGAUUCGUGUCCCGGGCCACUGCUGAGCUGAUCUGGCUGAAUGAGAAGGAGGAGGAGGAGCUGGCCUACGACUGGAGUGACAACAACCCCAACAUUGCAGCCAAGAAGAAUUACUUCUCAGAGCUGACGGCAGAGCUGGAAGAGAAGCAGGACAUCUUCCGUUCCCUCCAGGACACGGCAGAGCUGCUCUCCCUGGAGAACCACCCAGCCAAGCAAACCGUGGAGGCCUACAGCGCUGCUGUGCACACCCAGUGGCAGUGGAUCAAGCAGCUCUGCCUGUGCGUGGAGCAGCACGUGAAGGAGAACGCUGCCUAUUUCCAGUUCUUCAGCGACGCCCGGGAGUCGGAGACGUACCUGCGGAACCUGCAGGACUCCAUCAAAAGGAAAUAUUCCUGCGACCACAACACGAGCCUGACACGGCUGGAGGACCUCCUGCAGGACUCCAUGGCACAGGAUGAGAAGGAGCAGCUGAUCCAGUCCAAGAGCUCGGUUGCCAGCCUGGUGGGGCGGUCCAAGAGCAUCGUCCAGCUCCGGCCCAGGAACCCAGAGCACGCUCUGAAGAGCACCAUCCCCAUCAAGGCUGUCUGUGACUACAGGCAGAUCGAGAUCACCAUCUGCAGGAACGACGAGUGUGUCCUGGAGGACAAUUCCCAGAGGACCAAGUGGAAGGUGAUCAGCCCCACAGGGAAUGAGGCCAUGGUGCCUUCUGUCUGCUUCCUGAUCCCCCCACCCAACAAAGAGGCCAUCGAGAUGGCCAACAGGGUGGAGCAGCUGUACCAGAAAGUGAUGGCUCUCUGGCACCAGCUCCACAUGAACACGAAGAGCCUCAUCUCCUGGAACUACCUGAGGAAGGACAUAGCCCUGGUGCAGAGCUUCAGCAUGGAGAAGCUGAGAUCCUUGGCUCAAGGGGAGUGUCAGCAAGCCCUGAAGAGCCUGCAGGCCCACUACGAGGAUUUCCUGCAGGACAGCCGCGACUCGGAGCUCUUCUCCGUGUCGGACCGGCUGCGCCUGGAGGAGGAAGUGGAGUCUUCCAAGGAACACAUCCGGCAGCUGCUGGAGUCCAUGGAGAACGAGGACAAGGAUGAGACCCUUGCCAGGACGUACCUGUCCGAGCUGAAGAACAUCCGCCUGCGGCUGGAGGAGUGCGAGCAGCGCCUCGUGAGCCGCAUCCAGGCCCCGAGCAGCGCCCGGGCCGACGGCGACACCAUCCAGGAGAACACCAUCCGCAUCGCGGAGCAGGAGCGCACGCAGGAGGAUCUGCAGCAGCUGCAGUCGGAGCUGCGGGUUGUGUCCGAGAGGUGCUACAGCUUCCUGGACAAGGCUCCUGCGGGGCCCAGCACGCCCCACCUGCGUUCAGAGCUGGACUUGGUGGUGAACAAGAUGGAGCAGACACAUGGGCUGUCUUCCAUCUACCUGGAAAAGUUGAAGACGGUUGACGUCAUUAUCCGUGGCACCCAAGGGGCAGAAUCCCUGGUCAAAGGCUACGAGGUGAAGCUGAGCCAGGAGGAGGCUGUUCCUGCUGACCUGGCAGCCAUUCAGACCCACAGGACGGCCUUGCAGCAAUGGCUCGGGGAGGUGAAGGACAAGGGCUCCGUGUUCUCCACGCUGGAGGAGGAGAUGGCAAAGGCAAAGGAGGUGGGGGAGCAGCUGUUCAGGCUGAGGCAGGAGCGCAGCAUCGACCUGGAGCGCUUCCAGGAGAAGGGGAGCCAGCUGUGGGAUCGCUGGCAGCGAGUCUGCGCCCAGAUCGAGACCCGCCACACGGAGCUGGAGAGCAUCCAGGAGGUGCUGAGUGAUUACCGGCAGUGCCACAGCGCCCUGAUCCAGUGGAUCGAGGAGAUCACAGCCCAGCAGGAGCUGAUGAAGCCUGGCCAGGCUGAGGACAGCCGGGUGCUGUCGGAGCAGCUCAGCCAGCAAACGGCUUUGGCUGCAGAAAUUGAGAAAAACCAAGCCAAGCUGGACCAGUGUCAGAAAUUCUCCCAGCAGUACUCGGCUGCCGUCAAGGACUAUGAGCUGCAGCUGAUGACCUACAGGGCCUUCGUGGAGUCGCAGCAGAAGUCGCCCAUGAAGCGCCGGCGGAUGCUCUCCUCCUCAGAUGCCAUCACCCAGGAGUUCAUGGAUUUGAGGACUCGCUACACAGCCCUGGUGACUCUGACCACCCAGCACGUGAAGUACAUCAGCGACGCGCUGCGGCGGCUGGAGGAGGAGGAGAAAGUGGUGGAGGAGGAAAAGCAGGAGCACGUGGACAAGGUGAAGGAGCUCCUGGGCUGGGCCCUGGGCUUGAAGCAGAGCGUGCAGGGCAGGACAGCUGCUGCUGGGAGCAGAGAGCUGGGAGACCUCGAGAAAUCCAUCUCAGAGCAGCAGGCCCUGAAUGAGGAGCUGACUGCGAAGAAGGAGCAGGUCUCUGAGGCCAUCAAAACCGCCCAAAUCUUCCUGGCAAAACACAGCCACAAGCUUUCCCAACCAGAAAAGGACCAGAUUUCUGCUCAGAUUGGUGCUCUGAAGGAAACCUACCAGGCUCUCUGCAGCAAUUCCACGGAGCAGCUCCAGCAGCUCCAGAGCCAGCUGGCUCAGGAGACAGAGCACAAGGGCAGCGGAGCUGUGGCAGGAGUGAUCGAUCUUGGCACGGUAGAAAUAUUCCCUGUCUUUGGUGCCAUGCAGAGAGGUCUUGUAGAUCAGGACACAGGCCUGGUCCUCCUGGAGGCCCAGGUGAUCUCCUCUGACUUAGUUGUCCCAGAGACCAGUGAGAAACUCUCCUUGGAGAAAGCUCUGGCAAGAAACGUCAUUGAUCUCAGGGCAUUCCAGGUGCUGCAGGAAUUGAAGGAUGCUCUCCAGCAGGUGGAAGAAGUCAGACGUGAAGGGAGGCAGCUCCUCCCCGUCGCUGCUGCCGUAGAAGAGGGGAGGAUCAGUGAGGGCGUUGGGCUGAAGAUUCUUGAGGCUGAGCUCGUCACUGGGGGCUUUAAAUUCCAGCAGGGCAGAAUCAGCAUGGAGACAGCAGUGCAAGAAAGGCUCCUUCCCCCCCAGCUCCACUCCAGGCUCCUGUCUCACCUGGAAGGAGGCAAGGAUUUGAUUGACCCCAACACUGCUGAGAAGAUCAGUCUGCCUGAGCUCCUGGACAGGUGCAUCAUCCACCGAGAGACUGGGCUGAGGCUGCUGCCAGUCAAGCAGCUGGCGGGUGGCAUGGUGAGCUUGAGGUCAGGCAGGGAGGUCAGCAUCUUCCGCGCAGUCCAGGAGGGGCUGAUAGACAGGCAGGUGACCAUCAGGUUGCUGGAAGCCCACCUCUUUGCUGGGGGCAUUGUUGACCCCAGGACAGGACACAGGCUGACCGUGGAUGAGGCUGUCAGGCAGCAUUUGAUUGACCAGGAUUUGGCCUGCACGCUUCUGAUCCGGCAGCUCCAGACGGGUGGGAUCGUGGACACCACCACGGGAGAGAGGCUGAGCGUGGAUGAAGCCCUGAGGAAGGGCUUGGUAGCUCCAAGGAUUGCACUGCUGGUCCUGGAAUCCCUGUGGUCCUUCAUGGGGCUGCUGUGGCCAGAGACAGGGGAGAUCCUCCCUGUUGGAGAUGCUUUGGAGCAGGGGAUGCUCUCCACAGAGUUGAUGGAGGAGGCUCUCAGCAAGAGGCAGCUCCUUCAGGCUGUUUUUAUCCCAGAAACCACAGAGGUGGUGUCCUGGCAGAAGGCAGUGGAACAGGGCAUCCUGGAGAGAGAGGUGGUGAAGAAGCUGAAAUCCACAGCCAUACCUGAUGUCCUGGCCGGUGUGCAGCUCGCUGGAUCUCCAAGCAGGAGCAGGCACGGCCAGAGCUCCCCUGGAAGGAGCCCCACAGGUCAGGAGGAGCCUCUGCCUCUCCCUGGAAGGAGCCCCACAGGUCAGGAGGAGCCUCUGCUGAGGAGCGAUGAUGAAAGGCUGGUGUUCCACUUGAUGACCCACAGCUACAUCAACAUCCACAAUGGCCAGAAGGUGCUCUUGGUGGAUGCAGAGUUGAACAAUCUCACGAAAGCUCUCAUCCAAAGGCAAGAAAAUGGAUCCUGUGCUCAGGUGGUGGAAGGCUUUGAGGAGACAGAGGCAGACGCAGCUCCUGAAAGCAAACCUUGCAAUGGUUUGGCUUUGCAGCAGCUUGAGCUUCAAUUUGCUCCUUUGAAAGGUGAAAGUGAGAAGAUCCUACCACCCAGAACUGCUCUGGAGAAUGGGGAGGUGGUGGUGGGACCUGAAAGUCUCCUCCUGGAGGAUGCAGAGGAUUUCCUGCAUGUGGAAGAGGAGGAGCAGAUUUCCACUGAACAGGAGCCCGUCAGGAGUGAAACUGAUGUUGAAUUUGGACAAGAACAGGUCACUUUUACAACCAAGGAUAAACAGGAGGUAAAAUUAUCGAUGCCAGAACCUCCCAGUGACCUUGAUAGUGGAUUAAUCAGAGAAACAGAGGAAAUGAUGAUUGAGGCAGAAGAAGAGUCCAAGCCUCCUGCAGCAGAUGGAGUGGAAGGUCCCGAAUAUCAGAAGAGGGCAUUGGAAAGUGGGCCAGUGGUUGUGAAAAGUGAAAUCUGCAUAACAGUGGGUGUUCCAGAAAGUGGAGACAGACUGAAAACCGUGGCAGAGAGGUCUCGGGGUGUGAGGGAACCUGAACGAGAGGCAGAAGAUGUGAGAGAGGUUUAUUUGCUGAAGGAGGGAACAGUUGAAAAUGGUGUGCUGGGAGGAGAGGAGGUUGUGCUCCCUGCACGUGGGGAGGCAGCACCAGCAGAGAGGCAAAGGGAGGACACGGAAGCUGUGUUGGAAGUGGAAGAAGGAGAGCGGGAAAUGUUGGGUGACGAGGGUGUUCAAGCAGGAGAAAGCUCUGGCAAGGAGCCAUCCCUGCCAGCCCCUGAGGAGCAGGAAGCAGAGGACACUUUGGAAAAGCUCCUGGUGCAGCUCCAAAGCGGUGGCAUCACCCACGAGCAGACGGGCAGGAUGCUGCUGCUGGACGAGGCGGUGGCCUCUGGAGCGGUCUCCGGCCACACGGCCGUGAAACUCAUGGAGAGGAUGAAGAUGUUCAGCGGCUUCUUUAACCCUCAGGAGUGUGAGUCCCUGACCACCGAGGAUGUGAUUAGAGGAGGUCUGAUGGAUGAGAACCUGCUCCAGAAGGUCCUCACGUCCGACAAAGCCAUAAGCGGCGUCCUUGACCCAGGCAACAACUUUGUCUACUCCAUCAAGGAUGCUGCUGCUGUUGGCCUUCUGGACAGGGAGACAGCCAUGAGGAUCUUGGAAGGGCAGGUGGUUACUGGGGGGAUUGUUGACUUGAAACGUGGCAAAAAAGUGUCGGUGACUUUGGCUUCCAAUCUGGGCCUCAUAGAGCCAACGAGUCAGACAGAGCUGGUGAAGCUGGAGAAGGCUUCCAAGGGGAAAGGCACUGAUGAGGUGACCAGGCAGAAGCUCAUUAAUUUGCAGGCUGAGACCAGUGGGAUCGUGGAUCCUGAAAGCAAACGGCCUUUGACUGUGGCAGAGUCUGUUGAAAAAGGGCUCCUGGAGAAGGAAAAGGCUUUCCAGCUCUUGACCAAGCAGGUUGCUGAUGGAGGAAUCAUCCAUCACGUGUCUGGGGUGAGGCUUUCGGUGGACAGCGCCAUGAAACACGGUUUGAUCGAUCGGGAUCUGUGCAAGGAGCUCAGGAAAGCUGAAAGUGUGGUCCUGCAGGAGUUUGUCCACCCAGCUACGAAGGAGAAGCUGCCCUUGCCCCAGGCAGUGUCGCUGGGGCUCAUUAGCCCAGAAUUCCAGAGGAAAGUGCAGGAAAUCCAGGCUGAGAGUGGAAGCAUUCUUGAUCCAGCUUCUGGCCAGCGGCUGGCGCUGAGUCAGGCGGCGCAGGAGGGCCUGGUGCCCCAGCAGGUGGUGGAGAAAGUCCUGUCAUCUUCAGAAAUGAGAGAAGGAAUUGUAGACCCCGAGACCUGCAAGAUCGUUCCCUACUCAGAGUUCCUGAAGAAGUGUAGAAUCGAUACUGAAUCCGGCCAGAGGUACCUGGAGGUCCAUCCCUUCCAGGCCAUCAGGGAUGAGGUGACAGGGACCAAGCUGCUGUGUGCCGAGGCAGUGAGGCUGGGGAAGGUGGACCCCCUGCCCACCCUGAGGCUGCUGCAGGCACAGGCAGACAGUGGAGGGCUGGUGGAGGGCUCUGUCAGCAAGAGGCUGUCCCUGAAGGCAGCUGUGGAACAGGGGAUGCUGGAUGAGGCCAUGGCCAAAGUCAUUGCCACCAACCAGCUCAGGGCUGGGGGAAUUGUUGAUGCCUCCGGUGGGAAAAGGUUGACUGUGAAGGAAGCUGUUGGAAAAGGACUCAUUAGCCAAAAGUUAGCUGCUAGUCUUCGGGAUGUGCAAAUAUCUGAGGAGAAAGUUGGUUCUGAGGCGUUCAAAGUGGGAAAAAUGCAACUUCUGCAGGAAAAAAUGGAAAAACCAUCUCCAAAAGAGGAGGGUGUCAUCCUCCCUGCCAGAUCUGCCAGGUCUGAUGGUGCUGAGGCCAAAGCUCAGGCUGAAGCUGUGAGCUAUGACACAGCUCAGAGUGCAGCUGAGAAAUCCCCCAAAGCACGGACAGAAAGGAAAUUAAAACCCCAGGAAGCUUCAGAAGGUGGUGUCCAUCCCCAGGCUGAACAUCAUCAUCUUCAUCACCCUCAGGCAAAGGCUGAGGUGACUCCAGAGCACUCCUCACUGUUGGGGACAGUGUCUCUCCCUGAAGAAGCAGUGGUGGCAGGGACUGUGGAAAAAGGGAUCCCAAAAGGCAUCUCCCAAGUGAGAGCAGCCCGGGGCAAGGAAUGGAGGGAAGAAGUGGAUGGAGGGACAGAGAAAGUAGAGAGACUGGGCUUGGAGAAGGAGCAGUUGGGCACAGAGGUGCUUCACAAGGAGGAGGAUGGUGAGGAGAGGAGGAGGAGGGAGUUUGUAAGUGCAGAGGGAGUUGUGGCAGGUGGAGAAGGUGCAGUGGUGACUUCUGGGCAAGGAGAGAGAGUGACCAGCGUGGUCCAGGAGACAGCAGCAGCCCCGAGGGAAUCUGUCAGUGUGGGCCCAGGGAAGGGGAUGGGUCCUGCAGAGUCUGGAGAACCCCCUGAGGUUGGUGUUCCUGUGGGAGAUGAGCUUGCAGGGAAAAAAGCUGUGAAGCACAUGGAAAGAGAAACCUCUCGCACAGAAGGUGCCAUUGACCAGGAAAAAGCAAGUGAAACUGAGCUAAAACCUACCCAGAAAAAGAAAAGCAAGAAAAAGAAGGCAAAGCAGGGCAGCAUUCCAGGAGACAGCGCUCAGCCAGAGAAACCUGCAGAGAAGCAGCUCCUUCCUUCUCUGGUUUCCCAUGGAAUUCCAAGGAAGAAGGGUGAGGAGGAGCACUCUGUCUCCAGGGUGCCAGAGCCAAAACAUGAAUCCAGCGCUGAGACUGCUGCUGGGUUGGCACGAGACGCAGCCAAGCACAAGGGUGGAAAAGGAAAGAAAACAAUUCCUGGGAAAGAUACAGAAACCCCCGGAGAGGAUCAGGUGUUCCCUGUGCCCCCCGAGCACCGGGAAGCUCGAGAGGUGGUGAAAGGUGGGGUCAAGGACGGUCAAGAUUCCUUGGUGGCCCUGAGUCUGGAGGAAAGGAUGGCUCAGGAAGACACCAGGGUGGAAACCACCCAGGAUGUGCCCAGCACAGCCACCGUGGCACAGGAACUGCCCCAUGACUUAAUUAUCAGAGAGGAGCCCACAGAAAUUCAGGAAACCUCUGCAGUCCUGGAGCUUGGAGAGGAGGAACAGCACGAGCAAAGAGCUGAGCUCAGGGCAGACCAAGGAGGUGCCCCUGCUCCCCCAAAACCCCCAGAAGAACCCCCCCAGGAGAGGAGCAAGCAGCCAGGUCCAGGUGAUCGGGGUUUGCUCUUACCUGUGAUCGUGGAGGGGGAGCUGCUGGAAACCUCGAGGGAGUCCACGAGGCCAGCCCAGAUCAAGUUCAGCAAGAAGAUGUGUCUGGAGCACGACCAGAGGCUGAUAUCUUAUCUCUCCAUGCUCCGAGACAUCGAGAUGAGAAUCAAACGUGUGCAGCCGGCUGAGCAGAAUUUGGCAGCCCUGCACGACCUGAGGCAGCAAGCAGAGGCUCUGGGCGCUGAGCUACAGGAGCUGAGCUUCCCAGUGAAUCAGGAGCUGGAUGCUGUGCAGAGGAUUGUGGCCAACCCCCCUGAAGAAGUCCCUGAGCAGUUGCUGAAGGCUUUGGAGAAGGAUGCCAAGAAUCUCCAGAAGUCUCUGAGCUCUGCAAGGGAAGUCCUGCAGUCCCGGCUGCAGAACCUUCGUGGGGCGGCAGAAGCCGGAAAGGCUAAAAUCCUGGCCCAUCACGAGACUCUUGAGGGCAAGCUGCAGGAGCUGCUGAGCUGGGUCUCUGGCACCACGGAGUCGCUGGACGACAGCGAUUUCCAGCAGGCCAGCGACGCCGGCAGCUUGAGUCGCUGCCUGCAGCACUACAAGGAGCUGAAGGAGCCCCUUGCUGACAUCAAGGCUGAGCUGGACGCCACCGCCUUCGACAUCCAGUUCCUCAUCUCGGAGCACGCCCAGGAUUUAACCCCCCAGCAGAGCAGGCAGCUGCUGAGGCUGCUCAAUGAGCUGCAGAAAGCCUUCAGGGACCUGUCAGAGCGUGUGACAGCGCGGCUGGAGGUGCUGCAGGUCUGUCUCCAGCAAGUGGAGCAGACGGAGCAGGUGAAGACGCUGCAGGAGCAGCAGGCAGCCCGGGCACAGAGCCUGGCCGAGCUGAGCCGCUGGCUGGGCCAGGCAGAGGACGCCCUGGCAGAGCAGCAGAGAGCAGAAGGGGACCUGCCUGCCUUGCAGCAGAGACAAAGCGAUGUUAAGGAGCUGCAGAGGAGCAUCCACAGCAGAGCCGCCUCCUUCGCUGGUGUCCUGAAGAGCACAGAGCAGUUUUUGGAGGACAACAAAGCCAAGCUGGAGCCUGGGGAGCUGGCAGCGCUGCAGCAGGACCUGCAGCGUGCCAAGGAGCAGUACCAGUCCCUGCAGGAGAGGACAGAGGUGGCCCAGAAGGAGCUGGAGAGUGCUGUGAGUGCUGCAGUGCAGCAGGAGACUGAGAAGGUGAAAGCUGCCAAAGAGCUGGAGGAGAACAGCAAUAAGAUCGAUUCCCUUUUGAACUGGGUGGCAUCGCUGGAGCAGAAGGGAGGGCUCCCAGAGUACAGACCACACCCUGUCAACGAAGGCGCAGGGACACAAGCAGGAAAAAGCACUGGGGAUGUCCCUGAUGGCCACGCUGUGGGAGCAGACAGUGCUGCUGAGAGCCUGGACGAGCACUACGAGAGGCUGAAGGCGCAGCACCAGGAGCUGCUGUCCCAGCAGCAGGACAUCAUCCUGGCCUCGCAGGCAGCACAGGCUUUCCUGGACAAGCAGGGGCCCAGCCUGGCCGGGGAGGAGCGGGAGCAGCUGCAGGCACAGCUGGCGCAGCUGCGCGAGCGGUACCCGGCGGCGCUGGCGGGCGCCGAGGCGCGGCUGAAACGGGCGCAGCUCCUGCGGGACGAGCUCCAGAAGUUCCUGCAGGACCACGGCGAGUUCCAGGCCUGGCUGGAGCAGGCAGAGCAGGAGCUGCAGGGCAUGUACAAGGGGGACGGCGAGCCUGCCUCCCUGCGGCAGCUGCUGCGGCGCCAGGGGAGCUUCGCGGAGGAUGUGAUCUCCCACAAGGGUGACCUGCGCUUCGUCACCAUGUCGGGGGAGAAGUUUCUGGAUGGGGAUGCUGGGGAUGCCGAAUCCCAGCUGCUGAUGUCCAGGAGUGUGGUCAAGAGCAAGCUGGAGGAUGCCACGCAGAGAUACACCACGCUGCACUCCAAGUGCUCCAAGCUGGGCUCCCACCUGAACACCUUGCUGGAUCACUACCAGCAGUUCCAGGAGGUGGCAGAGUCUCUCAGGACGUGGCUGCAGGAGAGUGAAGCUGCCCUGGGGAAGCUGCUCUCAGAGACGGUGUCCUCAGAUCUGGCCGUGCUGCAACAGCAGCUCGCCAGCACCAAGCAACUGCAGGGAGACCUGGCUGAGCACCAGGUGCCAGUGGAGAAGCUCCAGAAAGCAGCUCGGACCCUGCUGGACAUCCAGGGGGAGCCAGCCCCAGACCACGGCCACAUUCAGGAAACAACAGAUGCCAUCGUCAGCCGCUUCCAGAGCCUCUCCCAGCAGAUGUCCGAGCGCUCGGACCUGCUGCAGAAAUCCAUUGCCCAGUCCCAGAGCGUCCAGGAGAGCCUGGAGAGCCUCCUCCAGUCGGUGGCUGAGAUUGAGAAGAGCCUGGAGAAGGACCAGCCAGCUGUGCUCUCCUCUGCCUCCAUCCAGGACUCGCUCGCCACAAGUGUGAAGCUGAAGCAGGACAUUGCCAGGCAGAGGAGCUGCCUGGAAGCCACCCGGGAGAUGGUGACACGCUUCACAGAGGCCGCCGACAGCCCCGCGGCCUCCGCCCUGCAGGACAAGCUGGCCCAGGUGACAGAGCACUUCGGGAGGCUGUGCCAGCAGCAGCAGGAGCGGGAGGACACCCUCAAGGGCCUCCUGCCCAAGGUGGAGCAGUACGAGCAGCUGUGGGAGAAGCUGCAGCAGUUCACGGAGAGCAGGACGCGGGUGCUGGCGGCCGGGAAUCAGCCGGACCGCGACAUCGCUCACUUCUCCCAGCACAUCCAGGAGCUGAACUCGGAGAUGAGGCAGCACCAGGAGGACCUGGCCACCCUGGAGCACCUGGCUGAGGAGCUGAGCUCCUGUGGCUUCACCCCCAGCACCCUCCAGCAGCAGGAGAAGCUGCAGAGCCUGAAGAAAGAUUUCCUGCAGCUACAAAAGGUGGCAAAAGACAGAGAAAAGGAUGCAUCAUCCUGCCAGGAGCAGCUGGAUGAGUUUCGGAAUCUGGUCGGCGCCGUGAGGAAGUGGCUGAGGGAGAGCGAAGGCAAAAUCCCACCUGCUGAGACCUCCCUGGGCACCCAGGAGCUGCAGCAGCACAGGCAGCAGAUCCAGGAUCUCCUGGAGGAAUGGAAGGGGAAGGGGCCCCAGGUGGAGGAGAUUGGCCGCAGAGGGACCCUCCUGGAGAACCUGAUCGUGGAGAUCACGGCCCCCAACACCCCGCCCAAGGCAGGUGCCACUCUGCCCACUCCAGGAGGCUCGGGGGGCAGCGUGAACGGAUACCACACCUGCAAAGAUCUGACGGAGAUCCAGUGCGACGUGGCGGACGUGAGCCGGCGGUACCAGGCGCUGGGUGCAGCGCUGCAGGAGCGCCUGCAGCAGCUCUCGGCCAUGCUGGACAGGAUGCAGGAGGUGCAGGAGGAGGCCAGCUCCAUGCUCAAGUGGCUGGAGUCCAAGGAACGGAUGCUGUCCGAGCUGGAUGCCUCCUCCUCGCCCACCAAGACGGAGACGAUGAGAGCCCAGGCUGAGCACAACAAGGCAUUUCUGGCUGAAUUGGAACAGAAUUCUGGGAAGAUCCAGAAGGUGAAGGAAGCGCUUUCUGGCUUGCUGGAGAAAUAUCCAGAUUCCCCAGAAGCAGCGAACUGGAAGAAGAUGCAGGAAGACCUGAAUUGCAGGUGGGAGAGGGCCAGCCAGGCCACGGCUGCACGGCAGCAGAAGCUGGAGGAGUCGGCGACGCAGCUGGCCACGUUCCAGGCCACCGAGGCGCAGCUGAGGCCCUGGCUGAUGGAGAAGGAGCUGAUGAUGAGCGUGCUGGGCCCCCUCUCCAUCGACCCCAACAUGCUGAACGCUCAGAAGCAGCAGGUGCAGUUUAUGCUGAAGGAAUUCGAAGCUCGCCGACAGCAGCACGAGCAGCUCAACCAGGCAGCUCAGAGCAUCCUGACUGGCCCUGGAGAUGUUUCCCCAUCCACCAGCCAGGUGCGGGAUGAGCUCCAAGGGGUCAACCAGAAAUGGUCCGAGCUCACCGAGCGCCUCAACUCCCGCUCCAGCCAGAUUGACCAAGCCAUAGUAAAGAGCACCCAGUACCAGGAGCUUCUCCAGGGCCUUUCAGAGAAGGUGAAGGCUGUUGGGCAGCGCCUGAGCAGCCAGUCUGCCAUCAGCACCCAGCCUGAUGCUGUCAAACAGCAGCUGGAGGAGACCAGCGAGAUCCGCUCGGACCUGGAGCAGCUGGAAGAGGAGAUCUCAGAGGCUCAGACCCUCUGUGAUGACCUCUCCGUCCUGAUUGGGGAGCAGUACCUCAAAGAUGAGUUGAGGAAGCGUCUGGAGACGGUGGCACUUCCCCUCAAAGGGCUGGAAGAUCUGGCAGCCGACCGGAUGAACCGACUGCAGACUGCGCUCGCGAGCUCCCAGCAGUUCCAGCACAUGUUUGAUGAACUCAGGACCUGGCUGGAUGACAAAAGGUGCCAGCAAGCCCAGAGCCAACCCAUCUCUGCUAAACUGGAGAGGCUGCAGAGCCAAAUCCAGGAGCAAGAAGAGUUCCAGAAGAGCCUCAACCAACACAGCGGCUCCUACGAGAUGAUUGUGGCCGAGGGAGAAUCUUUGCUGCUGUCGGUCCAGCCUGGGGAGGAGAAGACCACUCUGCAGAACCAGCUGGUGAGCCUGAAAACACACUGGGAGGAGCUCAGCAAGCAGGCUGCUGACAGGCACUCCAAGCUCAAGGACUGCUUGCAGAAAGCUCAGAAGUACCAGCGGCACGCGGACGACCUCCUGCCCUGGGUGGAGGACUGCAAGGCGAGGAUGGCAGAGCUGGAGGUAACCCUGGAUCCAGUGCAGCUGGAGGCCACUCUCCUGAGGUCCAAGGCCAUGCUGAGUGACGUGGAGAAGCGCCGGUCCCUGCUGGAGAUGCUCAACAGUGCUGCUGACAUCCUGACUGACGCUUCCCAGACGGACGAGGAUGACAUCCGGGAUGAGAAGGCUGCCAUCAACCAGAAGAUGGAUGCCAUCACAGAAGAGCUGCAAACCAAGACUGGCUCCAUUGAAGAAAUGUCCCAGAGGCUCAAGGAGUUCCAGGAGAGCUUCAAGAACAUUGAGAAGAAGCUGGAAGGGGCAAAGCACCAGCUGGAGAUCUACGACGCCCUGGGGCCACAAGCCUGCAGCAACAAGAAUUUGGAGAAGCUCAGGGCACAGCAGGAGGUGCUGCAGGCCCUGGAGCCACAAGUGGAUUAUCUGAAAAACCUCACUCAAGGCCUGGUAGAAGAUGCUCCAGAUGGAUCUGACUGCUCCCAGCUCCUAAGCCAGGCUGAGGUGGCUCAGCAGGACUUCAAGGCCGUGAAGCAGAAAGUCAACGAUUGCUGCGCUCUCAUGGAAAACAAGCUGGAAGGGAUCGGCCAGUUCAACAGCAGGGUCAGGGAGAUGUUCUCCCAGCUGGCAGAUCUGGAUGAUGAGCUGGACAGCAUGGGCCCCAUCGGGAGAGACUCUGACAGCCUCCAGUCCCAGGCCGAGGACGUGCGCGCCUUCCUGGGCAAGCUCCACCGGCUGAAGAGCGACAUCGAAUCCUCCGAGGGCGAGUGCAAGAAGAUGCUGGAGGACGAGGGCAGCCCCGACUUGCUGGGGCUGAAGAGGGAGCUGGAGACGCUGAGCAAGCAGUGCAGCAAGCUGACAGAGAGGGGGAGGAACCGGCAGGAGCAGGUGGAGACCACGCUGUCCCGCGUCGAGGACUUCUACAGCCGCCUGAAGGAGCUGAGCCACAUGACCGCGGCGGCCGAGGAGAACGAGGCCUUGCAGUGGGUGGUGGGGACAGAGGUGGAAACCAUCAACCAGCAGCUGGCAGACUUCAAGCAAUUCCAGAAGGAGCAAGUGGAUCCCCUCCAGCUAAAGCUACAACAGGUCAAUGGAGUUGGUCAGGGACUCAUCCAAAGCGCCGGGAAAAACUGUGAUGUCCAAGGGCUGGAGCAUGACAUGGAAGAAAUCAACACCCGCUGGAACACCCUCAACAAGAAGGUGGCCCAGCGAGUGGCCCAGCUGCAGGAGGCCCUGUUGCACUGCGGGAAGUUCCAGGAUGCCCUGGAGCCACUGCUGAGCUGGCUGGCAGACACCGAGGAGCUCAUCUCCAACCAGAAACCUCCCUCUGCCGAGUACAAAGUGGUGAAAGCCCAGAUCCAAGAGCAGAAGCUGCUGCAGCGCCUCCUGGACGACCGCAAGGCCACGGUGGAGAUGAUCCAGGCGGAGGGCGACAGGAUCGCGCAGUCGGCCGAGCCCGCGGACCGCGACAAGAUCGUGGGGCAGCUGGAGAGCCUGGCCCGGCGCUGGGCAGGGCUGCUGGGCAGGGCAGCUGCCAGGCAGAAGCAGCUGGAGGAUAUCUUGGUGCUGGCAAAGCAGUUCCACGAAACCACAGAGCCUGUGUCUGACUGGCUGUCGGUGACGGAGAAGAAACUGGCCAACUCUGAGCCCAUUGGCACCCAGACUGCCAAAAUCCAGCAGCAGAUCAGCCGCCACAAGGCUCUUGAGGAAGAGAUAGAGAGCCACUCCACCGACGUGUCUCGGGCGCUGGGGGUCGGGCAGUCGCUGUCCUCCCUGAGCUGUGCUGCUGAGCAGAGGCUGCUGGCAGAGAAAUUAGAGGCUCUGCAGAGCCGCUACGGCGAGGUCCGCGAGCGGUGCGGCCGCAAGGCAGCCCUGCUGGACCAGGCUCUGGCCAACGCCAGGAUUUUUGGGGAGGAGGAGGUGGAAGUGCUCAACUGGCUGGCUGAGGUGGAGGACAAGCUGGGCUCAGUGGCCAUAAAGGAUUACAAACGGGACGUCCUGCAGAAGCAGCAUGCCGACCAGCUGGCUCUGAAUGAGGAAAUUGUGAACAGGAAGAAGAACGUGGACCAAGCCAUUAGAAAUGGACAAGCUCUCCUGAAGCAAACCACAGGGGAGGAGGUGCUGCUGAUCCAGGAGAAGCUGGAUGGAAUCAAGACCCGCUACUCCGACAUCACCGCCGCCAGCUCCAAGGCUCUCCGCACGCUGGAGCAGGCCCGGCAGCUGGCCACCAAGUUCCAGUCCACCCACGAGGAGCUCACUGGGUGGAUGAGCAAGGUGGAGGAGGAGCUGGCCUCCAGCGGGGCACAAUCCCCUGCUGGAGAGCAGAUCCCACAAUUCCAGCAGCGGCAAAAGGAGCUGAAGAAGGAGGUGAUGGAGCACAGGCUCGUCCUGGACACGGUGAACGAGGUGAGCAGGGCUCUGCUGGAGCUGGUUCCCUGGAGAGCCCGGGAGGGGCUGGACAAGCUGGUGUCGGACACCAACGAGCGCUACAAGCUGGUCAGUGACACCAUCAAGCAGAGGGUGGAGGAGAUCGAUGCUGCUAUUCAGAGGUCUCAGCAGUACGAGCAGGCAGCUGAUGCAGAGCUGGCCUGGGUGGCCGAGACCAAGAGGAAGCUGAUGGCUCUGGGUCCCAUCCGCCUGGAGCAGGACCAGACAACGGCUCAGCUGCAGGUGCAGAAGGCGUUUUCCAUCGACAUCAUCCGGCACAAAGACUCCAUGGACGAGCUGUUCAGCCAGCGCAACGAGAUCUUUGGCACCUGCGGUGAGGAACAAAAAGCUGUUCUCCAGGAGAAAACUGAGUCCCUGGUGCAGCAGUAUGAGGCUGUGAGCCAGCUCAACUCGGAGCGCUACGCCCGCCUGGAGCGUGCCCAGGUCCUGGUCAACCAGUUUUGGGAGACCUAUGAGGAGCUGAACCCAUGGAUUGAGGAGACCCAAGCCUUCAUCUCCCAGCUGCCACCCCCAGCCAUCGACCACGAGCAGCUCAAGCAGCAGCAGGAUGACAUGAGGCAACUGAGAGAGUCCAUCGCUGAACACAAACCUCACAUCGACAAGCUGCUGAAAAUUGGGCCCCAGCUCAAGGACCUCAACCCUGAGGAAGGGGAGAUGGUGCAGGAAAAAUACUCCAGGGCUGAAGCCUUGUAUGCCAAGAUCAAGGAGGAGGUUUGCCAGCGGGCCCUGGCGCUGGACGAGGCAUUCUCACAGUCCACCCAGAUUUCGGAGUUCCACGACAAGAUCGAGCCCAUGCUGGAGACCCUGGAGAGCCUCUCCUCCCGCCUGCGGCUGCCGCCCCUCAUCCCCGCUGAGGUCGACAAGAUCCGGGAGUGCAUCAGCGAGAACAAAAACUCCACGGUGGAGCUGGAGAAGCUGCAGCCCUCCUUCGAGGCCCUCAAACGCCGUGGAGAAGAGCUCAUUGCUCGCUCCCAGGGAGCAGACAAGGACCUGGCAGCCAAAGUCAUCCAGGACAAGUUGGAUCAGAUGGUUUUCUUCUGGGAAGACAUCAAAGCUCGGACCGAGGAACGUGAGAUGAAGUUCCUUGACGUCCUGGAGCUUGCAGAGAAGUUCUGGUACGACAUGGCAGCGCUCCUGACAACCAUCAAGGACACCCAGGACAUUGUCCACGACCUGGAGAGCCCAGGCAUUGACCCCUCCAUCAUCAAGCAGCAGGUGGAAGCAGCAGAGACUAUCAAGGAGGAGACAGACGGGUUGCACGAAGAGCUGGAGUUCAUCCGCCUCCUCGGGACUGAUCUCAUCUUUGCCUGUGGUGAGACUGAGAAGCCAGAAGUGAAAAAGAGCAUUGAUGAGAUGAACAACGCGUGGGAAAACCUAAACAAAACAUGGAAGGAGAGGCUGGAGAAGCUGGAGGAAGCCAUGCAGUCGGCUGUGCAGUACCAAGAUACACUCCAAGCCAUGUUUGACUGGCUGGACAACGCUGUGAUCAAACUGUGCAACAUGUCCCCUGUGGGCACCGACCUCAGCACGGUCAAGGAGCAGAUGAACGAGAUGAAGGAGUUUAAAAUGGAGGUUUACCAGCAGCAGAUUGAGAUGGAAAAGCUUAAUCACCAAGGUGAACUGAUGCUAAAAAAGGCUACGGAUGAGACAGACAGAGACAUCAUCAAGGAGCCACUGACAGAGCUCAAGCAUCUCUGGGAGAACUUGGGCGAGAAAAUUGCUCACAGACAGCACAAGCUGGAAGCCGCCCUGCUGGCACUGGGCCAGUUCCAGCACGCCCUGGCAGAGCUGAUGGCCUGGCUGACCCACACUGAGGAGCUGCUGGAUGCCCAAAGACCCAUCAACGGGGACCCAAAAGUCAUCGAGGUCGAGCUUGCAAAGCACCACGUGCUGAAGAACGACGUCCUGGCCCACCAAGCAACAGUGGAGACAGUGAACAAAGCAGGGAACGAGCUGCUGGAGUCGAGUGCAGGGGACGAUGCCAGCAGCCUGCGGAACCGCCUGGAGAAGCUGAAUUCCUGCUGGGAAUCAGUGCUGCAGAAAACAGAGGAGAGGGAGCAGCAGCUGCAGUCCACCCUCCAGCAGGCUCAGGGUUUCCAUGGUGAGAUUGAAGACUUCCUCCUGUGGCUAACGAGGAUGGAGAGCCAAUUGUCAGCAUCAAAACCCACAGGAGGUCUGCCAGAAACUGCCCGGGAACAGCUCAAUGCCCACAUGGAGCUGUACAGCCAGCUGAAAGCCAAGGAGGAUGUCUACAGCCAGCUGCUGGCCAAGGGCAGGCUGAUGCUGCUCAACCGCGACGACUCCGGCUCCAGCUCGAAGACAGAGCAGAGCGUGGCCCUGCUGGAGCAGAAAUGGUGUCUGGUCAGCACCAAGAUGGAGGAGAGGAAGGCGAAGCUGGAGGAGGCAUUGGCCCUGGCCACGGACUUCCAGAACUCCCUCCAGGAUUUCAUCAACUGGCUGACCCUGGCUGAGCAGAGCCUGAACAUUGCACCACCCCCCAGCCUCAUCCUCGCCGCGGUGCUGGCCCAGAUCGACGAGCACAAGGUGUUCGCCAACGAGGUGAACGCGCACCGGGACCGCAUCAUCGAGCUGGAUCAGACCGGGAACCAGCUGAAGUUCCUCAGCCAGAAGCAGGACGUGGUGCUGAUCAAGAACCUGCUGGUCAGCGUCCAGUCCCGCUGGGAGAAGGUGGUGCAGCGCUCGGUGGAGCGGGGAAGGGCUCUUGAUGAUGCCAGGAAGAGAGCCAAGCAGUUCCACGAAGCCUGGAAGAAGCUGAUUGAUUGGCUGGAGGAUGCAGAGAACCACCUGGACUCAGAGCUGGAGAUCUCCAAUGAUCCUGACAAAAUCAAGCUGCAGCUCUCCAAACACAAGGAGUUCCAGAAGACCCUGGGUGGGAAGCAGCCUGUGUACGACACCACCAUCAGGACAGGCAGAGCCCUCAAAGAAAAAGCCUUGCUUGCAGAUGACACUCAAAAGCUGGACAAUUUGCUGGGAGAAGUCAGGGAUAAGUGGGACACAGUGUGUGGGAAAUCCGUGGAAAGGCAGCACAAGCUGGAGGAGGCCCUUCUGUUCUCUGGGCAGUUCAUGGAUGCGCUGCAGGCUCUGGUGGACUGGCUCUACAAGGUGGAACCCCAGCUAGCUGAGGACCAGCCUGUCCACGGGGACCUGGAUCUGGUCAUGAACCUGAUGGAUGCUCACAAGGUGUUCCAGAAGGAGCUGGGGAAGCGCACGGGGACGGUGCAGGUGCUGAAGCGCUCGGGCCGCGAGCUCAUCGACAACAGCCGGGACGACACCACCUGGGUGAAGGUGCAGCUGCAGGAGCUGAGCAACCGCUGGGACACCGUGUGCAAGCUGUCUGUGUCCAAGCAAACCCGCCUGGAGCAGGCCCUCAAGCAGGCUGAGGAGUUCAGGACAGCCGUGCACAUGCUGCUGGAGUGGCUCUCGGAAGCGGAGCAGUCCCUGCGUUUUCGGGGAGCGCUGCCCGACGACGCCGAGGCCCUGCAGGCCCUCAUCGAUGCCCACAAGGAGUUCAUGAAGAAGGUGGAGGAGAAGAGGGUGGACGUGAACGCGGCGGUGGGGAUGGGCGAGGUCAUCCUGGGCGCCUGCCACCCCGACUGCAUCACCACCAUCAAGCACUGGAUCACCAUCAUCCGAGCCAGGUUCGAGGAGGUUCUCACGUGGGCAAAGCAGCACCAGCAGAGGCUGGAGUCGGCGCUUUCCGAGCUGGUGGCCAAUGCAGAGCUUCUGGAGGAGCUCCUGGCUUGGAUCCAGUGGGCUGAGACCACCCUGAUCCAGCGGGACCAGGACCCCAUGCCCCAGAAUAUUGAUCAGGUCAAAGCGCUCAUCUCCGAGCACCAGUCCUUCAUGGAGGAGAUGACACGGAAGCAGCCGGACGUGGACCGGGUGACGAAAACUUACAAAAGAAAAGCGAGCGAGCCUCCCCACGGGCCCUUCAUCGACAAAUCCCGCAGCAACAGGAAAUGCUUGGGGCAGGCUGCUCCCCCCAGCAUGCCCAUUAUCUCCCAGUCAGAAACGAAGAAUCCCAGGAUAAACCAGCUCUCAGCACGCUGGCAGCAGGUCUGGCUGCUGGCCCUGGAGAGGCAGAGGAAGCUCAACGAUGCCCUGGACAGGCUGGAGGAGCAGCUAUGCCCAGAAUUGAAGGAGUUUGCCAACUUCGACUUUGACGUCUGGAGGAAGAAGUACAUGCGUUGGAUGAACCACAAGAAAUCCCGGGUGAUGGAUUUCUUCCGGCGCAUCGACAAGGACCAGGACGGGAAGAUCACCCGGCAGGAGUUCAUCGACGGCAUCCUGGCUUCCAAAUUCCCCACCACCAAGCUGGAGAUGACGGCGGUGGCCGAUAUCUUUGACCGCGACGGCGACGGCUACAUCGACUACUACGAGUUUGUGGCUGCCCUCCACCCCAACAAGGAUGCCUACAGACCCACCACUGAUGCUGACAAGAUCGAGGAUGAGGUCACCAGGCAAGUGGCCCAGUGCAAGUGUGCCAAGAGAUUCCAAGUGGAGCAGAUCGGCGAGAACAAAUACCGGUUCUUCCUCGGCAAUCAGUUCGGCGAUUCCCAGCAGCUGCGGCUGGUCCGUAUCCUGAGGAGCACGGUCAUGGUCCGUGUGGGCGGAGGGUGGAUGGCCCUGGACGAGUUUCUGGUGAAGAAUGACCCGUGCAGAGCACGAGGACGGACCAACCUGGAGCUGCGGGAGAAGUUCAUCCUGCCCGAAGGAGCCUCGCAGGGAAUGACCCCGUUCCGCUCGCGGGGCCGCAGAUCCAAACCCUCCUCCCGGGCAGCCUCCCCGACCCGCUCCAGCUCCAGCGCCAGCCAGAGCAACCACAGCUGCGCCUCCAUGCCCUCCUCCCCGGCCACCCCGGCCAGCGGAGCCAAGACUCCACAUCACUUCUCUCGAUGUUAUGACAAACCCUGGUUGAUAAACAGUAAAGCGGGCACCCCCCUGAGGGGAAUCGAUUAUUCCGACUUCCAGCUCCCGAGCGCCGAGGUGACCCCGUCGGCGGGCAGCAAGCUGAAGCGCCCCACCUUCCACUCCAGCCGGACCUCCCUGGCUGGGGACACCAGUAACAGCUCCUCACCGGUCUCAACAGGUGCCAAAACCACUCGGGCAGAUCCCAAGAAGGCCGCCAGCCGUCCCACGAGCCGCGCCGGGAGCCGCACGGGGAGCCGGGCCAGCAGCCGGCGGGGCAGCGACGCCUCCGACUUCGACCUGCUGGAGACGCAGUCGGCCUGCUCGGACACCUCGGAGAGCAGCGCGGCCGGGGGACAGAGCUCCCGCCGCGGCACGGCCAAACCCUCCAAAAUCCCCACCAUGUCCAAGAAAACGCCCACUGCCACCCCAAAAACUGCAGGCCCUAAGAGAUAAUACUGUACCCGCCGCCCUCCUGAGAAAGGAAAAGCAAACAAACAAGCCGCACCCAACCUGUGUCCAGUUUUUAACCUUGCUCCGUACAUUGGAUGUAUAUUUAUUCUAAAUGGGAGAAACUAUAUUGUUAAAAGUGUAAAAGAAAAGUUGUGUUAUGAAGCUGCCUUAUUUGGGUUAUUUUUUUUUUUUUUGGUUUUGGUUUUUUGGGUUGUUUUUUUUCUUUUUUUGUAAGUUACUAUUUUCAUGUGAAUAUUUAUGUAGAUAAAAAAAAUUGCCUCUCGGUGACCCCUGUUUAGAGAGGGGCCUGGAAAACUGAAAUGUGGGAGAGAAAGAAAAAAAAAAUCAAGAAAAAGAUUUAAAAAAAAAAAAAGGAAGCAAAAAAAAAAAAGGUCAAGAUGUGAAAGUGUAAAGAAAAACUAAAAUAUAAAUAGGAUUUCUGCGCGGUGCAGGGUGUGAACCUGCUUUAUCUUUUAGGAUUGUUUCCUAAAUGCAUCUUUAUAAACUUAACUUGCUGUCUCAGCAAGGUAAAUUAUAUUUAAAAGCAAAGACCUGAAUCCUGCAGUGUUCAAGGAACUCUCUUUUUGUAAAUCACAGAUACCUCAACCAGAGAAACAUGAGGUGAGGGGACUUGGGGCUUAUGUUUCCAUUUUUUUUAAAGCUAUGUGGUUUUAUCUGAAGAAAGAGGAGUUUGACUUUAAUAAAAUUUGCACACACUACAGCAAAGGCCGUGACAAUUUUGCUGUCUUGAAAAUACUGUCCUGACAACUUUGUUUUUAAAGAACAAACCGAGGGUGAAGGGUUUGGGGAGGGGUUCGAGGAGGGGCUUCACACCAGAGGAUACGGGGUAGGAUUGCAGGUCUGGAUCACUGGGAUGCACCCCUUAGAGGUGGUGGGCCCUCCAAAAUCAAGGAUUCUUCUGGAUCGAUGGCUUAACCAGCCCGCCCCGCGGCGUUCCUUACACAAUCACUGUUUUAUCUGCAUCUCUUUGUUUCCUAUUUAUUAUUUAACUGGUCAUUCCACUUCCAGCCAGGCUGAGAUCGAUGUGAACUCUGCUCCUAGGAGAAAUCUGGACUUACACGCACAGUUGCUUGUCCUUGAAACGAGUCUCACCAGCACACUCGCUGCAAGUCCUGUCUCGCUUUUGUACGCUCCUUUUUCUUUGUAAUAAAAUCCAACUGACCAAGUGACCAGGAGACGGGCCGGGGGCCAGGGCUCUGCACAGCUCCUGUAUUUAUUAAAUAUUGUUCCUCCCCGGCUCUGACCGUGUUGCUGUGUGAUUCUCUCAAUUGGUUUCAAAUUGAGGCAAAAACUGAAGCUCUACCAAUGAAUUGUUUAAAAGAACCAGACACAUUUUUGUAUUAAAAUUGCUUGCGGUAAUAAACAA